AUGUAUGCAGGAUCAGUGGUCGGAGUUUGCAGUAUUACAGUGACACUAGUCAUUCUUUGUUGCCUGAGAAAGAAGUCUGAAUCAGAUGAAUCAGUAGUCUUCUGGAAUAAGAAAACAAAGAAUGUGGUAAAUAUAGAGGCUUUUCUAAAGAAAUGUGUAUCCAUUGCUCCCAAAAGAUAUAAUUUUUCAGACAUAAAGAAAAUGACCAACUCCUUUAAAGACAAAUUAGGUCAAGGAGGGUAUGGUUAUGUAUACAAAGGAAAGCUGCCCGAUGACCGUCUAGUGGCAGUGAAGGUUUUGGGCGAGUCCACAGGUAAUGGAGAAGAAUUUCUUAAUGAGGUUGCCAGCAUCAGUAGAACUGCUCAUGUAAACAUUGUCACCCUUCUAGGUUUCUGUUUUGAAGGAUCUAAAAGAGCACUUAUCUACGAAUUCAUGCCAAAUGGAUCUCUUGAAAAAUACAUAUAUGAUGAGAACCAAUUAAUUGGAAGUCCCCGUUUAGGAUGGGAAAAAAAUUACCACAUUGCAAUUGCCAUUGCACAUGGCCUAGAGUACUUGCACCGGGGCUGUAAUACACAAAUCCUCCAUCUUGAUAUAAAACCACAAAAUAUCCUAUUGGACCAAGAUUUCUGUCCAAAGAUUUCAGAUUUUGGUCUUGCUAAGUUAUGCAACAGAAAAGAGAGCACUAUGUCACUGUUGGGUGCAAGAGGAACAGUUGGAUACAUUGCACCAGAAGUAUUUUCAAGAAACUUCGGAAUAGUUUCACACAAAUCUGAUGUUUAUAGUUAUGGAAUGAUGAUUUUAGAAAUGGUUGCAGGAAGAAAGAACAUUGAUGCAGGACUCCAACAUAGCAGUGAAAUAUAUUUUCCACACUGGAUCCACAAGCAUAUAGAAUUAGAAGGGGAUCUAAAACUGCUCUUGAACAUGAAUAAAGCCAGCGAAGAGCUUGCAAGAAAGAUGAUUGUAGUGGGUUUGUGGUGCAUACAAUCUAAUCCAGCUAACCGGCCUUCCAUGGAUAAGGUAGUCGAUAUGUUAGAAGGAAGUCAUGAAGUUAUUCAAGUUCCACCCAAGCCUUUUCCUUCUUCCCCUUAGGGAAGUCCAGCAGGAGGUUCCACAACAUCCUCUCCAAAUCCUUUCAAAGACAGUUUCGAGGCUCUACACUGAAAUUUAUCAUAUGUGGAAUGUAAUCCUUGACUAGACAUUGAAUGGACAUGAUAGACAAACUUUGAAUGACUUAUUUGAUUGUCUGAUCUAGGCCCAAUUGUUUCUUUUCUGGUAUCCUUCACACCAGCGCAGACUACUCUGAUGGUUUACCUCUAUGGAGUGCUUGACCAGAAGGAAACUUGCCUAUAACUGGUGCCCUUGAGGGACUGUGGGGCUCACAUUUUGAACAAUUUUGCUUACACCUUGAAAGUACUUCAGAUAGAAACCAGCCACUUAAAUUUUAUAGGAAAAACAAGAAAGGUUAGAUUUAUGAACCUCCUGCUUUAAUUUGAUGGUAUGAUUGUGAUGUGGGUCCUAGGUGAGAAUAAAAUUGAAGUUUGCUAGCUGAAACUUACUAUUCCUGGCAUUGUAGCAAUAUUGUUCACUGCAGUGCUGAAAUAUAAAUUUUGAAUUAUUUAUUGGUCCAAUUAGUAAGGGUUUUGGGGUCUUUUAUUUAUAUUUUAUAUGGAGCCUCUUAUCUAUAUUUUAUUAGUAAUAAUACGUGCCCCAUAUUAGCUUGUCUUGAGCAUCAAAACUGAAGUGUUAUUUGGGUUAUUUGAGAGGCCAAUAUAAGCUUUAUAAUGACUCUUCUUAUUAUUGACCUACAACUAGAAUACUUAUUUCUCUAAAACCCUAGAAGGUGUGAUGCUUUCUUUCACUACCAGUGAUUCCUAGGAACUUAAUAUGGGACACCAAAUCUGCCAGUCCUUAAUUCCUAAACCAAUUUCACCAAUUCCCAAAUCUUUUAAAAGUUCCAACCCUAAUUUCCUAAACCCUAGAGCCUCCCAGAGGUUCUACAUCACCCUCACAUCCAUUCUCAGUUUCACUAAUCCAGGCCUACUACCCAGUGCCUUCCAGAGGAGGGGGGGGGCGGCGAUGGGGGGGCGCACUCUUAGACCAAGUAUAUCAAAAGUGCUCCAUGUAUAGUGAAGCGGAACUAAAACUCCAAAAUUUACAUGUUAGGUAAGCAUUAUCUGACUUUUAUGGCAUAGGGUUAUCAAGUAACAAGCUAAGACAUGUCUACAGAGAAAUAAUUGAGUUCAAGCUAAAG